AUGUCAGUUAAAUUAUUUAGUGUCCUCGCUUUAGCAAUGAUCACCCAAACAUUGGGACAAGAAGAUUGGUCUCCAUGGGUUGGAAAUGAAGCAGGCGAGUCGGAAGACCUAAUUUGCGAUAAGGCUUAUUGCGUAGACCCAUGUCCGGGUAGUGCUCCUCCGAAUUAUUGCCCGCCAAACUUCACUGAAUGUUCAUCGGGAUGUGCAUGUAUGCUGGAAUGCUCAUCUCCCACUUACGUCUGCUAUCAAACUAAGUACUGCAGACCCAGGAGGAGGUUUUUGCCUAACAAAAACACACCUGUUACAAGAAAGCAAAUAUCUUUUGAUUGA